UACUAAAGCAGCAGCUUAUUGAAGGGAAUUCAAAACUUGAUGUGAUUUCAAUCACAGGUAUGGGUGGGUUGGGGAAGACCACCCAAGCCAGAGAGAUCUAUAAUAAUGAUGCAAUCAAGAGUCGCUUUAAUUGUCGAGCAUGGAUGACUGUGUCUCAAAAUUUUAGAACCAGGGAGUUGUUGCUUCAAAUUCUGAAGUGUCAGAUGCCAAAAUCAGAUGACUUGAUAAGGAGCCUUGAAGACAUGAGUAGGGAUGAAUUAAAGAAGCGGCUGUUGGAAUACUUGCGAGGGAAGAGGUACCUAAUAGUCAUGGAUGACGUUUGGAUAACAGAAAUCUGGGAUGAGAUAAGAUCUGCUUUUCCUGACGACUUCAAUGGAAGUAGGAUAUUAAUCACUAGCCGCAUACAAGAAGUUGCUCCACAUACAAGUCUUAAUCCCCCCUACUCUCUUCCAUUCAUUAAAGAAGAUGAAAGCUGGAACCUCUUUCGUGAGAUGGUACUCCCAGGAGGAUAUCCUAAAAAAUUCUUAGCUGAUCUAGGGAGACAAAUAGCACAACGUUGUCUUGGCAUACCACUUUCAAUUGUGUUACUAUUUGGCGUUUUAGCAAACAAAGGGAAGACUCAUCGAAUAUGGUCAAAAGUGAUUGCCGAUGUAAAUUGGUACCCGGCUCAGGCUACAACAUUACGCGAUGACAUUCUGAACCUAAGCUACACCCACCUGCCGCGAAACUUGAAACCGUGCUUUUUGUAUUUAGGUGCGUACCCGAAAGACUUUGAAAUCCCUGCAAGCCAACUGAUCCACUUAUGGAUAGCAGAGGGACUCAUAAAUUGCGGUAGCAAUGAAGACAUUGAGGAAGUUGCUGAAAACUACUUGAAGGAGCUCAUUGCCCGAAACUUGAUUCAAGUGGUUGAGAGGAGGUCGGAUGGAGGUGCAAAGACAUGUCAUGUCCACGACCUCCUGCAAGACCUCUGCAUAUCCAAGGGUGCGGAAGAAGUUUUUUGA